AAUUUUAUUGAAUUGGGUGUGCUUAAUAAAAAACAGUUGCUCUGUCGUGCCAAUGUAUAUUCUGUCAGAACAGCUCUUCUGCAGAAUCGCUUCCCAUAUGCUAAUCAACUUUUGCAACUCUACAUUUUACCAUCUUUUCAUACAAAAGGCGUGUCGAAAUACUGUAGGAAUGUAUACCUGGGGAAACAAGUUUUCUAGUGUACACACGUAAAUUUUUGGCCACUCUGCGGGUGUUGAUAUCAGUGUUAUUCGGAUCAAAAUAUAUCGUGAAUUUGUAAAGAGAUCACCACAUGCGUUGUUAGUGCACUGCAAUUUGGCAAUAAGCUGUUACAUUAAAUUUAAGGAUCGACGUCUACAUAACUACAUAUGUAUAUGAACUCGUUCAUACUGUAUUCGAUGUUGUGUGUUUCAGAUAGGGUGUGAGAAGAAAAGAAGUUACAAGGGAAAAUUCAGCAAGGGGAGAACUUCAAAUGUAUUGGUACUAACAUUCAACUUGGGUCUUGCCAAAUGUGGCCAAACGAGAGUCUUUUAGCUUAAAGCUGGAUUCAACAGAGUGAGUUCCAGUUCUCCAUCGAGUUCCAUCUCAUCCGUCAACUUGUCAUCUGCUUCCGUGUCACCAAGCUUCUCCUCAUUGUGAGAUAGUGCUGUUGCACCGGUUUUAAUUUCGCUUCAAAAAGGGUACAAGAGUCCAAGUGCUAUGUCUGCUCAGGUCACAUCGAAGAUCCCUACUAACAUUAAUUUGAAAGGAUCUAUCCAGAAAAUAAACCCAGCACACCAUCACGAUAUGUCUGAACAAUCCAAAGUCAAUGAAUCAACGUUACCACUGUCCGAAGAUCCGAGGACACUGCAAUUGGCGUUGGAACUAUCAUUGGUUGGAUUAAACGACAAUCAAAAUUGCUAUGUGCAACCUGCUCAACCGCUACCAAUGCCCCUAGGUGCACAAAAUGACUUUGAAAUUGGGACCAUGACCAUGCACACAUUUUCUAAAGUAGACAGCACGCUACCAAUUCAAUCGGCACCGAACUGCCUUCUAUUACCGACUGCCGGCGCCGCCAGUUCAGAAGAUCGAUCCAAAAAGUCGCAAAAUAUGACCGAAUGUGUUCCAGUCCCCAGUUCAGAACAUGUAGCAGAAAUAGUGGGCAGGCAGGGGUGCAAAAUCAAAGCUUUGAGAGCCAAAACUAACACUUACAUUAAGACGCCAGUUCGAGGAGAGGAACCUGUGUUCGUGGUGACUGGUCGAAAGGAAGAUGUAAACAAGGCUAAACGAGAAAUUCUUUCCGCUGCUGAUCACUUUAGCUUAAUUCGCGCAUCACGUAAGCCUAUAAGCGAAAGUCACAACAACGGAAAUGUAGGAAGUGCGAGUAGCUCUAGUGGUGGUGCAGUUCCUCGCAUGUCAGGUCCCCCUUGUAUGCCUGGUCAGGUAACCAUACAGGUACGUGUACCUUAUCGGGUAGUGGGACUCGUUGUUGGGCCAAAAGGCGCUACAAUCAAACACAUUCAACAAGAGACGCAAACUUACAUUGUGACACCAUCGCGAGAAAAGGAACCAAUUUUUGAAGUUACUGGCUUGCCAGACAACGUUGAUACUGCACGAAAGCAAAUAGAAGCUCAUAUUGCCCUUCGAACUGGGAGUGGAUCUGGAAAUGCUGAUGCUAUUCCUAUGGAAAUUAGUAAUUUGGCUGAGGCUAAUGAAUACGCGUCACUGCCUUCAUUAACGCAAAUUCUAAAUGAUGAUUUGAAUUCGGAAAUUUUAUCGUCCAUAUACAAAAAUGCCCAUCCGUCUACACAGGAGUAUGCAAAUAAUUCCAUGAAGACGAUUGGAAACGUAAGCAAUUCAGUGCAGCACGUGCAAGGUCAUCAUACUGGUAACUGUUUUCAAAAAUCUGAGUUUGCUGAUAUGGAAAUGACAGCAAAUUUAACGGCAACAGAUAUAUAUGACAAACGUCUUCCUGGAAAUGAAGUUUCUAUGCCUUUGGCCAAAGCUAAUGUUGCUAAUAUUGUUUUUCGCACUACGUCUAGUAAAACAUUGUCUUUCUGUACUCCCACAUCUACAUCGGCAUCUUUUCAUCCCAACUGUAAUGCCAAUAUUUUAACAAGAUCUUGUUCAUCUGCUUCUUCUACCACUUCAACAAAAAGUACCAACAAUAGCGCAAAUACACCUCCAGAAAUAUUGAAUAUAUGGAGAAGUAUUAGUGAUUCAAUUGACGUUGACGAGGGUAUAGGGGACUCUCCCAGUAUUUGGAACCAACCGACAAAUAUCAUACCUACAGCUCACUGCUCGCCCACAAUCUCAAUAAGCCCUACCGACUCUCUUUUAGGUAUGGGUGAACAUUCUGGAAAUCAACAAAAUCAUAACCACAUUAAAGAGCCCACUACGUGUAAUAUCCCACAAAAGAUAAAAACCAUUCAAGUGCCAUCCAACGCAGAAAAAAUUUUAAUUCAUCGUGAAUGCUUUGUAUGUAAUGAAAAUAAUGUUACCACUGCUUUGGUUCCAUGUGGUCACAAUAUGUUUUGUAUGGAAUGUGCUAAUCACAUCUGUCUUUCUAUGGAUGCUGUUUGUCCGGUUUGUAAUUCUAUUGUCUACCAUGCAAUGCGAAUUUUAGGAUAAUUUGAGUUUUUUUAAGUAUUUAAUAUUUGUUUGUUUUUUAGUUAAUCGGUUUUACAUCUAGUCGUGGCUUCCGUGAAGUCUAUUAGUCUACAUAAGUUGAACGUUUAGGGAUUAUAAGGAUUUCUUCAUUUCAAAUUUAUUUAUGUCUAGGGAUCUGAAACACAGAUUUAAUUUAUACAUUUUUUUUUUAAAACAUGAUAACCGUCUUCUAUUUUUAUUUAAAAUUAAAAUUGACAAUAUGGUGUUAAAUUCUGGAGGCUUUCGCCCUUAUUAGUAUUUAUUUUUUCAAGUGUUUCAGCCAGGUGUUUUGAAAAUUAAGCGUUUGGCGAAAAGGUAGUACCCUUCUGAAACCCAGCUUCUAUCCAAUAUAUAAGCAAAUGAACUUCGUAUUAGUUUUCUGUGUAACUCGUAUAAAAUAAUUUUUGUAAGAGGUUCAGAAAGCCUUUCGAAACCUAUAAUGUGUAUAAAUUCUUGAUCACAAGAAUGCCUGUAAAAAAUAUUAGGUAUGAUUCUUCUACGGCUCUGAAUUUAAAAAAGUUUUAUUUUAAAACGUUGAUUUACAUUUUUUAUUUGUCUUUUCUAUUGUGUCGCAAGGAACGCGACAAUAGGAAUUCUCUUUUGCAUAUUUCAACAAAAAGUGGUUUUGGCUUUUGUUUGUUUUCUAAACAACCUGUAGCAGCUGCGCAGUAGUUCUCAUUUUAAACCGUGUUAAAAACUUACAAUGGCUUUCGUCUGAUUUAGUUUUCAACAGAGAGUAUAACAUUUUACAUAAAGUAUAACAUUUGCAAUCAACAUCAACGCCCGACCUGACCUCGGCAUGUCCGUCUGUGCAAACCAGUUUUAAAAAGGUAUUCUCGAGAUUUCCUGUAGUAUACAAACUAAAACGGCACACUUUAGAUGUCUAUUUGAUGGAGCUUUAAAAAUAUUUGAAAGUGAGCAAAUGAAAAAGUUUCUGAUAUAUCCCGUUACUAAUAUUUUUAGGUAGAUAGAAGCGUUUUUGAAAGUAGAUAUUGAUUUUUAAUAAGUUCCGAUUUAAAGAAGUAAGUAAGAAUGUAAUCGCCAUUAGGUGUCUGUCGUGGCUUGCAUAUAUCUUCCUCUCGUACUCUUUGUCCGAAGCGAUCUUUAUUUUUAAUUUUGGGAAUAUUACUCUUUGUAACCCUCUUUGUCAUAGCUGCAAUAGAUAGACAUUUUUUUUUUUUUUUUAAUAACAAGUUGGUACUUAAUUUAAAUUAAGUCUAACUUUAAGAAACUUUUAAGAAAGUUUCAUAACGGGCCAACGAUACUAUACUCAAACGAACCGAUAUUUUUAUUAGGCAUGGCUUUAUAGAAUAGAUGUAGCGGGUUGCACGUGGUUACGUUUGUUUAUUCUGCUACUUAAGAACUUCUUGAAAUUUACAAUUCUAGAUGCAUAUCGGUUUAAAUUGUCAAGACAAAAAUUAAAAAAAUCUAAACAAAGUGUUUUCCUGACAGUUCUAGCAAUGAGUGGACGUGGCACGCAUUUCAAACUAACAUUCACUGCUUAUCUUAAAUUUCUAUCUUUCUAUCUAUUGAUCCUUAAUAAAAAUAUAUAUGUAUACUUCAUAGGGUCGAAAACGUUUCUUUCUAUAUGCUACAUACUUUUUAAAAAAUCUUAUAUAUCCUUUAUCGCUUUGUAGGGAAAUAGAGACAGUUUCAUUUUAAUCCAUAUAACAUAUAUUUAGAGUGAUGCCUUCUGAGGUAAUAAAAAAAACUUUUACAAAUUUGAAAAUUGUAAUUCCAUAAAUUUUUCAAGGUUCUUGUAUAUCUUAUCCCCUCUGACAUCGGAAAUUGUGUAAGUAAUGCUUGCAAUAAUUUUAGGCUGAAAUCAACAAAUUAACCAUUAUCUUAAUCGGGAGGGUUUUUGUCGUUGAUGAACUAAAAACCACAUUCGGGAUUUACAAAAAAAAUUUUGUAAUUGCUGUCAAUAGGGUCUUAAUAUGUUUUGUAUGCUCUUUAAAUGAAUGCUAGAUGAUGAAAAUCGGUUUAGUAGAUUUUUAUACCCGUUACUCGUAGAGUAAGAGGGUAUACUAGAUUCGUUCGCGAAAAUGGCGUUUCUAGUUUGUGGUCACGGAAAGGCUGGCUGGCCCCAAUCACUUUCUGCAGGCAUCUCUUAAGCAAUUUCGAGUAAUAGCUUUUGAAACUUUGACGCGAUAUUCUAUUGCCAAUCGAUUUAAGCCAAAAAUAGAUUUAUUUAAGCGUCUACAGGUAGUUCGCCCUUUAUUUUACAAAUAGCGGAUAUAAAAUUUUUUCUCAGUGUUUUUAGGAAGGCAUAAAUAAAAUAAAUAAAUAUAUUUUAAAUUAAUAAUUAUAUGAGUAGAAUAUUUAAUGUAAUAUAUUUUAUUUAAAACAAAUUAAUACUAAACCCAUCUACUAGGGAAGACCUACAAUCUCUAAUGAUACAUUUUAA